GUUUGCGGGCACGGCCAUGGCCCGGCGGAGCAGCCGCGGCCCCGCGAAGCCGCCCGAUGCCCCCGUUCCAGUGGUGCCACGGGUGCUCCUGCAGCCUGGGGCUGAUUUAUCCCACUAAACCCUGUACGAUGCCGCCCAUCACCUUCCAGGACCUGCCCCUCAACAUCUACAUGGUCAUUUUCGGCACCGGCAUCUUCAUCUUUGUGCUCAGCCUCAUCUUCUGCUGCUACUUCAUCAGCAAGCUGCGGCAGCAGGCGCAGAGCGAGCGCUUCGGGUACAAGGAGGUGGUUUUGAAAGGCGAUGCCCGCAGGCUGAACGUGCACGGGCAGACCUGCGCCGUCUGCCUGGAGGAUUUUCGGGUGAAGGAGGAGCUGGGGGUGCUGCCGUGCCAGCACGCCUUCCACAGAAAGUGCCUGGUGAAGUGGCUGGAGGUGCGCUGCGUGUGCCCCAUGUGCAACAAACCCAUGGCGGGGCCGGGGCAGCCCCGAGCCGGCAUCGGGACCCUCCUGGAUGAGCUGGUGUGAGCCAGCCCCGCUCCACAUCCUGCAGGAUCCGUCGGGAUCCGUCGGGAUCCACCGCGGGACCGCGGCUCCGCACGCCCGGCAUUGCCCACCCCGCCUGCCCAGGGUCCCUCUGGAAGGAUCCGGGGUUUCCCGGUUGGGAUUUUGACCCCGCAGGCCGUGGCUUGGUUUGGGAUUUGCCGCUGUCCGGGCUGUGCUCCCCAUGGAGCCGGGACGGCCCCGGGCUUCCCUGCGGGAAGCUGAGCCCCAGGGCGCGGGUGGGCUCCUGUCCCCACUUCUGCUGCAGAGUUAUUUUUGUACCUGAGCCCCUCCGGACCCCCAGGAUCCCCACGGGGCAGAGGGAUUGUACAGUUUUGUGUAAAAAAAUGAUUAAAUGGAUGAUUUCUUA